AUACAAAAUACAUAACCAUCACUAAAACAUCAAUGGGGUCCCACUUCAUCAUAGUGGACCACGUCCCCGCUCUUGUGGAAUCCGCUUCCAGCUACGAGUACCAUGCAUCAUCCCGGCAAUAGUACGGUAGGCAAAGCAAGAGCAUGGAGGGAGCAUAUAUUGGGGGUAUCAGCACAGACCACCCAUAUAUACUCCCUCCCCAAGGAUCCAGUACGCUCAAUCAAGAUUUAAAACUAGCUUCAAAGUUCUUCAUUCAAUGUCAUGCAUCCAAAAGAGGCAAAUGAAAUGUUAAUCUUACCAUAGUCACCAUCAUCCAUCAACGAGGUUGAUGCUUUCCACCGGCAUGCUAAGGGGCCAAUCCCCGAGUGCCAGAAGUUGUCCACCCUCGUCAAGGCAGACAGCUUAACCUCCAAAGUGACCCGAGAGACACACACUCUGCCAUACAAACCCCUCCCUAGUCUAUGGUCAGAGUUCCCCCAAGGUAUUUGGCAAGCGUCCCCAUAAAGACUAGGUGCAAGUUCACUAGGUUGUCCCGUAAGCCUUCAUCCACAAUUGCCCUCGGUUUGAGUUCAGAAGCAAGACGUAGAUAGGCAGGAUCCAGCGAAAACUAACUCCCAGCGAAAACAAAACCCGAGAAAAAGCCAAUUCAGCCACAAGAUGCACUUGUUGGUCGAGAUAACCCAGGCUCCUCCAAAAGCCCCAACCGAAAGGGUGAGAAAGAGCUUAGGCAGCCUGCCAGCAGGACCAUUGAGGCAAAUACAACAUAAAACUCAACCCAAAUCGAAAUGGUAUUACCUCCAUCAUGAGGCAAAACCGCGUGAAAAACCAAUCCAAAACAGUUGGUAUUACCUCAAUAAAUGAGGCAAACCCAGGGGCAGCAGGAAAAAAAUACAGAAGCUAACCAAUUAGACCAUCAUGCCCAAGAGAUUCAGCUCCAAUUCCAGCCCCAAAUCCGAGUGACAACCAUCAAGGAACACCCAAAACAAUCACAGGUUAAAGACCAGACAGUGUCUAGCAUAUUCAGGUCCAGCAUCAUCCCCAAACCAUCCAAAAUAAUCCCAAAUCAGCUCCAAAAGCAGCCCUGGCAGUGACUAAGACAGUGAGAAGCUCAGGUCCUUGCGCAGGUCUGCCAUUCCCAAAACCAACAGGUACCAUCCAUAUUCCAGCCCAAAAAACCCCAUGGGCAGUCACCCCAAAACAGCUCCAUCAGGGUUGACUAUCAAAAAUAAUGUCCAUGAGGUAACCAGGCUAAGGUUAUACUCAGCGGCUACUGCACAAAUGCACCCUCAGUCCCCUCAAAUCAGCAGCCCAGCAUUUCCCACAGUCCCUCAAAAUCCAGCAUCUCAAAUUGGUUAUAACAGCCCCAAAACAGUGCCAAAAUACCACCAUGUAAUUAAAUAAGCAGCCCAAGCAAUGGAGUGAGUAAAAAGCAGCAAAAACCCAGGUUGUGAAACCCAUACCAGCAUCAAAUUACCCAGGGUCAGCACCCACGUUCAGCCCUCAAACAUCAAAGCAAAAAAGCAAAGUUCAAGUGGUAGCAUGCCAUCCCAAGUGGUCACCAUUUUGGAUCACAAUCACAGGUAUACGUACUCAAGGAACUCAAGCUUGACAUAAACAGUCUAAAGUCAAUUGUGCAGGUCCACAAACUCCAACAACCGUACAAGCAAAACUAAAGAGUUUGUUCAAUUGACAUUUCAAUAGCAGCACCUUCAAGAACCGACAAACAUCCACAAAAAGUUUGGCAGAAACAAUACGUGGUUCAAGCAUAUGGCAAAAUCUCAUUCUCGCUGUGUACAGUAACAUGUUUCCCAAAAUUCCUCAAAUCGCAGAAUUCAAGAAGAAAGGCCUUCAAUUCUGCUUGAGCCAAAUGAAAUCUUCGAUUGAAUCUCGUAAAUGAACAGUAGAACCACGACGUUGACUUUGGAUUCAUCAUAAAGCAUCUCAAAAAUCAGCGUAAAAAGCUCUGAUAUGGAUUCCCACGCUGUUGGCAAACCCAGAGUUCCAAAAAUAUGAAGCAACCGGCUCAAAUUGAUGGAGGAAUCGGAAGAAACUACCUCGCGGUACUGUUCAUCCCG